AUGCGCUUCAGACACGUCGUUACAUCCCCGCUUGUCCUGUCUCUGGUGACCUCGUCGUUCGGAUAUGAUCUUGUCCGCGAGUACUCCGGACCGUCGUUUUUCGAUGGAUGGGACUUCUUUGGAUCCUGGGACAAUCUGACCCUCAGUUCCGUCUGGUGGCUCAACCAGUCUGAGGCGACGGCGGAAAACUUGGCAUACGUCAACGGUGCGGGGCAGGCGAUCAUCAGAGUGGACAACACGACGAAUUUGCCUGCUGGCGAGGAUCGGAAUACGGUGCGGAUUACCACCAAAGACUUCUACGACUUCGGAAGUAUUUGGGUGUUCGACGCCACCCACCUCCCAUAUGGAUGCUCUGUAUGGCCCGCUUUCUGGUCCAAAGGCCCUCUAUGGCCCGACGACGGUGAGAUAGACAUCGUCGAAGGCAUCAACCUGCAGUCCUCGAACCAGAUGGCGCUUCACACCACUUCGGGAUGCUUCACAUCGAACAGGAUUGAGCAGACGGGCACCCUCGGUUUCACGAACUGCUCCGCGGGCUCGGGAUGCACUGUGCACGAGACCAAGCCCAACAGCUUCGGUCAGAACUUUGCGAACGCGGGUGGUGGAGUUUGGGCAACCCAGUUCGAUGUGUCUGGCAUCUACAUGUGGUUUUGGAGCAGACCUGACGUGCCCGCGUCACUCGCCUUGAACAACAAGGGCUCCAUCGACAUCUCCUCCUGGGGCCUCCCUUCCGCGAGCUACCCGGCAAUCACGGACGACUGCUCGAACUUCACGGCCUACUUCACUCCGCAGCAAAUCGUGAUAGACAUCGCCCUCUGCGGCAACUGGGCCGGGGUCCCGAGCAUCUACCAGUCGUCGUGCCCCGGGCUGUGCAGCGUCUCCGGCCCGGGAAGUCCUGCGUACGACAACGCGUACUUUGAGAUCAACUACGUUCGCGCGUACACCACGGGAGGCCCUGCCUCAACCACGACAGUCUCCACGGCUACGCGCACGGGCUCCGCGGCUACCACGAACACUCUGCCCGCGACGAUCACGACCGGCGCCGGGCUCAACGGGGGCACGGGCGCGGCGGCAUCUGCAUUCUCACCCACUGCGGGCGCAACUGCGACGUUGACCGCGCUCGCGCUGGCGUUCCUGGGGCUGCUGCUACUCUGA